AUGAAGCUAAGCUCUACCAUCUUGGUGACCUGCUUGACAGCAUGCAGCAGUGUCUUCGCUGCGACAGAGGAUCCUCUUAAUUAUCGAAAUAUUGAGCGGCCCUACAUCGCUCCAAAACCUUCCAACACGACAACACUGCUGGAAUACAUCAAAUCCCGCUCGGAUUUGAGCCGACUCUCAGAAGCCCUAGACAAAGUCGGCGGCUUCUCGGAAGCAUUCGACACGGAUCCCACCUGGAAAUUUACCUUCUUUGCCCCGAACAACGAUGCCUUUGAGAAGAAUGUUGGCAGAUACUUCAACACGUUUGAGUCGACUCCGAAAGGGAGAUGGUGGCUGGGGAAUACCAUGCUGCAUCACUACGUUCCCAACACGAACUUGAAGUCGUCCAGCUUCAAUGAGACUUAUCAACAGUUCCAGGUGAUCCAGCAUCCAGGACUCAGGAGACAUACGGGUUGA